AUGGCCGCCGCCGGCUGGUCCUCCCUCCCCGCGGAUCUCCUCAAGGAGGUCUCUGGUCGGCUGUCCUCCGACGCCGAUCUCCUUCACAUCCACCAGGUCUGCCCCCACUGGCGAGCUUCCACCUCUCUCCCAGCCGCCUGCCGCCCAUGGGUCGUUGCUGUCCGCGCUCUGCAGGCCUGGACAGCCGAUCGGAUACCAAUCGGCGACUACUCAUUCCGCCUCCCUCGUCGCGGUGCGCAGAGGGUGCAAGUCGGUGCUCCUCCGGCCGGCUUCCCUUACUGCUGCGGCACGUCCCAGGGUUGCCUCGCCUUGGUCGACAGCGACCGAUCCCCAACGCGGCUCGUGCUGUGGGAACCUCUCUCCAAUAUGAAGAUCUCUAUCCCAUGUCCGAGCCCUCUCACCCGGAUCUUUGUCUCCGAUGAUCCGCUCAUAUCGUCCAACUGGUUUGCGAUUGCUACGCAGCCCAAGGGUAGUAUGGGACGGAAGACGCUCCUCUGGCGCCCUGGAGAUGCCGACUGGACCAUGAUGUAUGAGCGAGGGGAUGCUUUCUGCCCUAUUCUGCCCUUGCUUCGAUCGCGCGAAAACCGGCGGCGAAGGAUGUCGGCCAACAGGUGCAAGCGAAACCGUGCAGAAGCUGGUGCCGUCCAAUUGCUUCCUGAAAAUGACUCUAUUAACACUGGGAUGGGCCAUAUGUGUUUCGGAUUAAUGGUGUUGUCCAUCACCGUAUCGGGUCUUUGCUUCCUGAAAAUGGCAGCAGUUCUUCCUAUGCCCAGCUGUACAUAUACGCCACCGCUAAUGAGUUGCAAAAUAGGCUAUCCAUCUUCCCUGAUACCUCGGCAGCACGGCCUGAUCCGGAGAUUGUACGUGCACUUAUUGCUAUGCUAGAUGAGCACAAUCCUUUGGUCAAAAAAUUCAGGAUGGCUAGGGACAGGUUGCUAUCUCCACUUGCUCCUGAAAUCAGCAUACGUCUGCGUGUGUCAGUUCUUGCAGUGACAUCUAUUGCCUGCCAUCUUCAUCUGAACUUGCUGCCCUUAUUGUUGGUGACAGCGAUGCUCAAGCCCAUUCGUAUGACAUUGUCGUCGAGACCAGAUCCUCCGACUUGAAACAGAUAUCCCCGCUCCACCCGCUGGUCAUGGCGUUGCAAUACCCUCUUUUGUUCCCUUAUGGAGACAUUGGCUAUCAUACAUGCAUCAAACUAAACCUUGAUGAGGAUGAUUCAUUCGGAGGCCGUACAAAUGUCUCCAUGCUCG